CAUGGCCGAGUGGCGGGGGGGCAUCCUGGACCACAAGAUGGGCCACCUGGCCUGCUUCUCCGGGGGCAUGAUCGGCAUCGGCGCCGACGAGGGCGCGCCCGACAAGCGGCGGCACUACCUCGACCUGGCCGCCGAGGUCACCCGCACCUGCCACGAGAGCUACGAUCGCUCGGCCACCAAACUGGGACCCGAAGCCUUCCGCUUCGACAGCGGCGCCGAAGCCACGGCGACCCGGCUGAGCGACAGAUACUACAUCCUCAGACCCGAGGUCAUCGAGAGCUACAUGUACAUGUGGAGGCUCACCCAUGACCCCAAGUACAGGGAGUGGGGAUGGGAGGCCGUGGAGGCGCUGGAGCGGCACUGCCGGGUGGAGUCGGGCUUCUCGGGGAUCCGCGAUGUUUACACCUUGACCGACAGCCACGACAACAUGCAGCAGAGCUUCUUCCUCUCGGAGACGCUCAAGUAUCUGUACCUGCUGUUCUCGGACGACGACCUCCUCCCCCCCGAGGACUGGGUGUUCAACACGGAGGCCCACCCGCUGCCCGUGGUGCGAAGGAGCUGCCUGCAGGACCCCUCGGCCGGCGCGCAGGACAAGAGCAAGCUCUCCGCAUGACCGCCGCCGUUGCCGUCCGUCUGACCGCGAGGCCCCGAGGGAGGCGUUCGAGUUCCUUUCCGGAAAAGGCCGCGGUGGGGUUUUUUCACGCUCGGAUUGUAUAUUCUGUCUUUUGCAUUGAUUUUUUUUUUUUUCCCGAAUGGACAAUCAAGACCAAACUUUUGCGGACACUUUUUUUUCCUCCGUGAGGAAAAGGAGCUCCUUACUGUCGAGGGAAAACCACUUUGUCAAGAUGGUUUAGAUGUUUUUCUUCUUUUAAAAGGUAUUAUUUCACAUGGCUGACCAAAGGAUUUCUUGGACCCGUUUCUGCAGACAAAAUUAAGCAUUGAAAUGUAAUGACAAGUGUUGAGAGCUCCAAAAUAGGCUGUUUGAUGUCAUGUUUCUAGCUGAAACUUUAUGAAAAAAGUGUCUUAUGCAUCCUGGGACCAUUGUAGGGUGGUGUGGGGGGUGGGGAUGGGGGGGGGGGCACAGCCAUUCUGGUGAUGCAUCCCAAAACCAAAUCAGUUUUCUUGUUUCUGUUCAUUUUCCGUUUUUUUUUGCGACCAACACUGAUUUUUGUCGGUUUUAUUAACGCUGUACAUAAAAAAAAAAAAAUCUUCCCUUUUUUCUUUUGUGAUCUUUUCUCUGUUGAUUUGCUUCCCUCAGGUGUUUCCGAUAAGAAAAAGGAGUCAAACUAACUUUAAAAAACAAACAAACAACCACAAACGUAUUCAGAUGUUAAGUCUACUUUUUGCAGAAACUUGGAUUUUUCUUCUUACGACUUGUUUGUUUUAACUUUGGUUGUUGAGUAUUUUUGAAAUACUGAUUCCAAAAAAAAAAAAAAAAAAAAAAAAUCAAUAAAAAGCUGUGCAACUUUGUACCUUUAAAAGAAGAA